GGGAAGUAGAGUGUAUGAAUAGGAAUUUUGAGGACACAUGGAUGACACACUGCAUUAUACCCUGGGAUUAUAUGGCGAAUAAUACUGCGGCGUUGUUGAGUGAUGGGAUGCCGAAGAGACCCAAAACCGCGAAGCGAACCGACCGUCUGUCUGAUAUGGCGUCCCUACAUCUCGCAACGAAGGCACAUUGACAGGGCCAUUCAGAGCACUCACAAACGGUUUCUACGGCUUCUUGCCUUCUUUGUGAUGUUUCUGCAAGAACUGCGCUCUAGGUCAUGCCAUUUCUUUAGCGCCGUUACCGCAGCACCUGCAUGCCACUCACAAGCUUUGCGCAAAACGGGCCAGUACGACCCAGCCCAUAAAGCCCACUUUCCGCGCCCCUCGCGUCCCUUGAGCUCUUGUCGCUGUAACAUCUCGAGGUCUUAUCACCAUCUUCAGUCCCGCCGGAACUUUGCACUUUCUGACCAAGGAAAGAAGAGGCAAAGAAAAAGAAAAUCUCGUCAUUCAGUAUCCUAUUUUCAACAAGUCAAACUCAACUCGCAAUGGCCGGAGAACAUAACGUCGCCAACGUCGCCGGCGACGAGACCACUGCCGCUGUCGACAAGGGCAAGGGCAAGGCGGUUGCCCAGGAGCCCGAAGUCGAGGACAUGGCCAUGGAUGAGGAUGAUGCCGACAGCUCCAGUGACGAGGGAGAGGAGGUACGUCUUCGCCCUGCGAUCUGUCUCCCCGCAUCCCUAUGCAUUUUUGUCUUUGGCUAACAUUGCAAACCCGCGACAGAAUGACAACGGUGCGCUUGUUUCUAUUGCUUGCGCCAGCUGAGCGCGGGCCGAUUCAUGUGGUGCAAUGCGGGACUAACAUGGCAUACACAGGACUCGAGGAGGAGGACGAUGGUAUGGAAGAGAUCGAUCUCAACAACAUUGUCGAGGGUGGCCGCCGCACCCGCGGCCGCGUUAUCGACUUUGCGAAGGCGGCCGA